GUCGCCGUUCUUUUCGCCUCGCCUUGAAUCUCACCCCUUCUUUGCCAUUUAGCGCCUGCUUGACGCUUCAUAUGCGCGUGAAUUCAAUGCAUUCUUUGAUAUAGCUCGCCACUGUCUCGCUCCAUACGAUCGUUGUCUCCCUUCGCACUCUGUUGACCUAGUGUUUUGGGUGGAGACUCGCUCGGAUCCACGCCCACUUGCUGGCCUGGGGGCACCCACCCCUCGAUACCAACACCGAUCUCUCAGCGAUCUCUCAUAUACGUUUCAAUUUUGUCGUCGAUUCGACUACCCUUCGUUUUCCUUGAUCCCUUUGCUCCGAGUCGCGGAACCGAUGUGGUAAAUCAGGUCUCCCGGGUUUCGAAUUAGGAGGUCUUCUUGGGCACAAGACGUCGCCCAUCUUCAAUCCUUGUCUCCCCUGGCAACUCCUUCAUAUAUCCACCGACCACGAUGCUUUUUGUCUUAGGGGGCCGUUCAACGGCCCGUCGCCCUCACCUUGCGCUCUUUUUGUUCCUGCUCGUCGCUAUACUGGCACAGAUAGCCUUUGCCGCAGACGAGUCGACAUCCUCAACGACAACGACAACCUCAACUGAGUCGACAUCGUCAACAACAACAACUUCUACUACUACUACUUCUACUACCACUACUACUUCUUCUUCUUCUUCUUCUUCUACGUCAUCAACUACCAGUAGUACAAGCUCAACCACAACGACCGCAGCUAAUGACUACCCGGUCGUCACACCCCCGCCGACGGACGACGCCCCGUACAUGCAAAAGUCCGCCGCACCAGAGGGAACCCUCUUUAUCGCCGUUGGAGCAGUCCUAGGCGCAAUGGGCCUGUCCGUCCUCGCAUGGCGCGCUCUCGUCGCAUGGUCCGUCAAUCGCUCCGUCCGCCGAGCAGCCAUGAUGAUGCACUCUUCCGAAAACAAGGGCCUGAUCCGCACCAAGAAGAAGAGGUCCAGAGGAUCCCGCUCCCACAGCCACGGCCACGGAGCCCAAAAUUCCGUGUCUCUCGGAAAAAUCAGCGGAAACCGUAACAGCAGCUACAGGGACAGCCGCGCAUCCAAAGUCCCUACCUCCGGUAGCGGCCUGUUCUUCUCCCCCACCGCGGGAGUACACAGCAAUAGCAACAGAGCCUCUAACUAUCUCCCCGCGGGCUACUACGCCGCAGGCAGCGCCGCCGCAGGGCUCGCCCAGAACGUCGGGUUAUCACCCGACCAUGUCCCCGGUCUUGGGCCGCAAGCACGCGGUUACACACGUACAGGUUCUGGCCCUACCCCGCCUGCCACACCCAUGUCCCCCCCAUCUGGGAUGCACGACGCACCCCAGCAAAACAACCACAGCAGCAGCAACCUAAGGCAAUCCUACGCAGCGAACUCAACAAGCAGUCUAAACCUCGCUUCUCCCCCUCAAGGACGAACGCCAAGUGCCUACCUAGAAGAUCUAUUCGAGAACCAUCCACCUCAUUCUCCGAAUGCGCCUCACUAAAUUCUCUUACAUGCGGAAACGAAAAAAAAAAAACCCCUCCCUUUUCCUUGACUAUAUCUACUUAAUUACCCUUGUUUUUUUUUU